AUGUAUCAAGCUCAAGUCAAUUCAAAAGUUCAAACUCGAGCUGCAGCCGCCCGAUACAGAUCUCAGAUGCAAGCUAUUAACCAAUCCCAUGGACCUCAAGCUCAUGCCAAUCAUGGCCAUAUCAGUGGCAAUAAUUCUGUCAUUAAUUCAGGAGAAAAUGGUUCCAAGGUUGUUGCUGAGGGUGGUCCCUGUCCUUCUUCGUUUGCGUAUAAUAUUAAUGUUGAUCAUGAAGAAAGAACAAACAAAAGUAGCUUGACAUCGAAGAAGAAGCGAGCUCACAUUGAAAUCAGUAGCCCAAAGAAUGAACAAGUCUUGUCUCAAUCAAGCAACAAGGAAGCUAAUGCUGGUCAUGUUACUAGCAAUACUUUGUUUACCGAUGCAACAAAAAUGAUGGAAAUUAUUGCUAGGCAAAGGGAAUUAUUGGCUGGACAAAUAGGCUAUGGUGUCACUGGUAAUCUAGCAUCAUUUAAAGCUAAUGGUGCUUCAACAGAAAAAGGGGUGGGUUUGGUACGUGGUCCUGAUGGUCAACUUCCACAGCAGUUGAGGAAUAUAGAGCCUCGACUUAUUGAGCAGAUUAGUAAUGAGAUAAUUGACUCUAAUACCAAUGUUCACUGGGAUGAUAUUGCUGGAUUGCAUCAUGCGAAAAAAUGUGUAAAUGAGAUGGUGAUAUGGCCUUUGUUACGCCCUGAUAUUUUCAAAGGUUGUCGUUCUCAAGGAAGAGGACUUCUUUUAUUUGGUCCCCCGGGAACAGGUAAAACAAUGAUAGGUAAAGCUAUUGCUGGAGAGUCUAAAGCAACAUUUUUCUACAUAUCCGCAAGUUCAAUAACAAGCAAAUGGGUGGGAGAGGGUGAAAAGCUAGUUCGGGCUCUUUUUGGAGUUGCCAGAUGUCGUCAGCCAGCAGUAAUAUUUGUGGAUGAAAUUGAUUCUCUGUUGUUCAAGCGUAAUUCAUAUUAUGAGCAUGAGUCAACCAGGCGAAUUAAGACACAGUUUCUUAUUGAAAUGGAAAGAUUCGGUGGAAGUGAACAAAUUCUACUCAUAGGUGAAUAA